UUUAAAAUAUAUCGGACUCCGAUAAAUUGUAAUUAACAUUUGUUGUUGUUUUGUCGACGAAGAACAAGCGACGCGUCGGUUUGCGCGUGAAUUAAAAAGAGUCAAUUUAAAAAAAGAAUGUGCCUGUAUAUAAAAAAACCUCUGUGAAUAACGAAAACUUAAACGAAUGCAUUUUAUAUAUACGUGUAUAUAUUGAGAUUUGGUAUUCUUUUACAUACUAACAUACAUAAGCAUAUGUAUAUUUCUGAAGUACCUUUAUUGAGGAAAACAAAGCAACAUAUUGCAAGACGAAAUCUGUGUCAAUUAAUCUUAUUUAAAUCAAGUGCAGUCUUGCCGGUCAAACCAAAAAAAAUAUUUGUGCCCUCUUGUAUACACUCGUGUGUGUGUGUGGGCGAAGGUGCGUGUGAGUGUGUGUGUGUGUAGGUGUUUGUUCUUGUUUCGCGGCAUUUUGCCAAAAAAUGUACAGAUGUGUGUUAUAAACAAAGCGAGAAAAGCGCAAUUAAAUGAAUUUCACAAGGCAUUAAGCGAAAAUCAAUAACAUCCAGAAAAACAACAAUACUUUUUCUAAUUUUGGCUUGCAACAAUACUGAAAAUAUGUCUACAACAACAAUAAGUGUGCCGCAGUCAACGGCAACCGAUGAAUUCCACGUCGUGUGCAUUUUGGGCGUGAAGGAUAACGAUAACACGAAUACGAAUACAAAUACGAAUUCCAACGACGAGGGGGCUCUUGUGGGCGGUGGCGGUAGUGCAGAUAGUGGGCGUGCUUCGGCAAAUGAAUUUGAUAGUGUAAGCAAUGAGGAUGCUGCCAGCAGCGUCGCAGUGCAAUUAAGGCCAGUGGAUGCAGUGGCAGAAGGACGAGCUGAAGUGAUGCCCACUCGCAGUGGAACCAAAGAGAUUGUCUCACAGACCAAAUGGUAUUUGAAUCCCACCGACGAAAAUGUAACAACAAUAACCACCACGACCACAAUGUGUCCGGACAACAAUGUAACGUUGACAAUGACUGCAGCAGCAGCAGCGGCAACAACAACAAUAGCUGCAGCGCCAUCUGCACAGAUUUUGCCGAAAAUUGGAAAGGAUGACGUCAACGUAAUUGGCAUCAGGUGUAACGGAUAUGCCGAGUGUCUGUCGCAACAGAUGCGUGCCAUUUCAAGUCCCACGCUGAGCGAGACGCCACCAAAGCCCCAGGAUGAGCUGAAGCGAACAAAUGAUGCAGAUGCCUUGGCUGCAGCCAGCGGUGGCGCCGCCAGUGGCAGCAGCUUGGGUGUUUUGCAGAAAUUCAAACGCACAUUGCACAAUCUGAAUAAUCGCAAUCAAUUGCAAAUUACGCCGCUGCCAGGAGCAGGAGCCACUGUCAAUGUGGAUGGCAAGACAUCACCCACAGCGCCAACGGUGUCCAUCACGGCGCCAGUUGCAGCGGAGGCGGAAACCGGAGGCGAUAGCAGCUCGGCAAAGUAUCGCUUUGGGCCACUCAUUUGGCGCUCGUCAAAGGAACGUCGCAAAACGAAAUUCAAUCGACGCGACAAAUGCAAUUCCGGUGAUUCCGGCAUACAAAUCGAACUCGAACAGGAUGAGCAAUAUGUGCGUGCUCUCUCCGGUGCUGUCCAGCCGCCAGGUGGCGUCAUUGCCCGCACCAGCACGCCAAACACGGCCGAGGCCAAAGCGCGCUCCAUUCGCCGCACGCAUUCGGCCAAGGCGAGCAGCAUUUUGGAGCAGGUGGCGGCCAAGCCGCCGAUCCACAAGCAACUGGAUUUGGGCAGCGCCUGCAGCAUCGAGCGGGAAGCACCUGAAUCUCUGCCGACGCGUUCCCUCAGCCAGCCGAAUGGCCUGGAAACCUAUGGCAUACGACGCACCGAUGUCGAGGAUAGCGACAGUGACAGCGUUGCCUCGCAUGAGGAAGCCAAUAGCUACUAUCCCAUUUAUGCGGAAGUGCUGUACAACUUCACCGCGGCUGGACCGCAAGAGCUGGGAUUGGAGCGUGGCACUCUGAUCGAGAUAUUGCGCAAGGAAGUGGGUCCCUGGUGGUUCGGGCGCAUCAAGAAGGAGGAUGUCAGUCUGGUAACUGAGAUCUAUCAUCUGGAGCUGGGUUGGUUCCCCAAGGAUUUCGUGCGCAUCAUACACAGUCCCGAAACCGAUGCCUUUUACAAUUUGCAAAAGUCAACGUUGCGACAGGAGGAAGAGGAAGAGGAGGAGCCAAUUUCCCAAGCAGCAGUUGAUGUCGAUGUCAACCAGAUGCCAGUGCCUGUGGCAGAUUUGAACAGCAGCAGCGAGGAAGCCAACAACACAAUGACCAUGGAUCAGAGCAACAUAACCACCAUUGUGAUUGAAUCACCGCCCAUGGAGCCAUCGGCACGGAUUACUGUGCCCCUCGACAAUUGCGAUAUUCUGCGGCGUAGCGCUGUACGGGAGCUGCUCGAAACGGAAAUCAACUAUGUCAAACUCUUGGCGGCCAUAUGCGAUGGAUACUUGCCAGCGAUGAGCAAACGCAUCGAUAUAUUCUCUCCGAACAGCAUAAGGUUGAUAUUCUCCAAUAUUACGGCCAUCUACAAGUUUCAGCGCAAGUUUCUGGAGGCACUACGCCUAGGCAUUGAACAGAAUCAACUGUCCAAGGUCUUUCUUAAGAUGCACAAAGGCUUUCUCUGCUACUCCACGUACUGCAAUGCCUAUCCACGUGCACUCAUCGAACUCGAAUCCUACGAUCGCAUCAAGGAUGCACGCAUCAUUUUAGAGAAUUGUCGGGAAUCUGAGAACCUUGCGGAGCUGCCACUCUCGGCUCAUCUGUUGGCGCCCGUGCAACGCAUCUGCCGUUAUCCUCUGCACCUUAACGAGAUUAUUAAGACUGCUUUGAGCAGCAAUAGCACUUCGAGCACUGAUCAAGUGGAUGGCCAAACGGAGGCAAUAGACUAUGAACAGCUUGAUGUUUUCCAGCUGGAUGUGCCUGAUACACAUGACAUUGUUAAUCUGGCGCUAGAGAAGAUGCGCGGCAUCACCGAGGCUGUUAAUGAGGGUAAACGUCAUAGCGAGACUAUAGCCAGGCAUCAGGCCAGUUUUCAGAACUUUAAGGGACCGCCGUUGCAUCUGCACAGCACGCGUUUCUUUCUCCAAGUGGAUGCCACACGCCAGAAGCAGAAUCUGUGGAACACCAGUUGCACGCUGUUUCUAUUUGAUAAUCAACUGAUCUAUUGCAAGCGGGAUAUCAUCAAGCGCAGUCACUUCAUCUACAAGGGACGCAUCUUUCUGGAUCGUUGUCGUGUCGUGAAUGUGCGUGAUGGCAAAAUGUUUGGCCAUACCAUCAAGAACUCGCUGCGAAUCUACUGUGAAUCACGGGACAAAUGGUACGACUUUAGUUUCCGUUCGGCAAAUCGAAAGCAUCGUUUUCUCAAUACUCUCGCCUUGGAGCGACAGUUUGGCGGCAAGGCAUUGUAUGUCUCCGAGAUGGCAGGAUUUGAGUAUAACUAUGACGAACGGCCGGGUGACUAUUCGGAUCAGUCGGACUAUGAGCUGCCGGACUGUGAGCAUGCACUUGGCGGCACAUCUGCAAGUGGAGACAGUUCAGUGCCGGACUCACCGGCCAAAUCACCGUAUCGCUCCUGCGAUACGUUACCCAAAAAAUCCCAGUCACGCGAUGGCAUUGCCAACGCCAACAAUGGUUCCGCCCAAGGGCUGUCGCAAACGUCAACCGGUUCGCUGGGCCGUCGCCGCAUUGGCAAUUGGUUCCGCAAGCCAAAGAGCACCAACUGCACGCCCAGUCAGUCACCGACGCACAAGCCGGGCUUCGAUGCGGAUGUAACUCUGACGGCGGCACGUGUGGCGGCCAUCGAAUUGGUUGAGGCAGCUGCCGCACAGCAGGAGGUGGACUCAUCAUUUGCUUAGUCACAUAUACAUUAACUACUAAAUAUUUAUACAUAAUUAUAAUUUUAAAAAACCAAUGCAAAGAAAUAAUAGAAAUUGCAAUAACCAUAUACGAAUACGAUACGUAGAAAGUCGCAUGGCAAGAAUUGCACCAUAUAAAUAUAUAAAAAUUUGUUAUAAUUCUAAUUAUAUAAUAUUUUAACUGCAUUUACUAAUUUGCGACAGGUAAACACGACUAUAUUCAUAUCGUUUAAUUAUUUUUAGUUAUUUUAUUCAGUGUUCACUUUUACUGCGUUUUCAAUUCAUUUGUUACGGUGUUUCCAAUCUUUUGUUUCCUUGCCCCCGCAUCAAUAACCAAAAUCGACAAGUCUGUUAUCUGUAUAUAAUUAAUUUUGAUUCUUGUCAUAAGUUUAAAAUAAAUGUGUUUUGUUUCUAA